ACGGGAACAACAGCGAUGGCCUGGAGGGAAGCUACCGGAACAUCUGAGAAGGUUCUACUGAGUGACAGGUUCUAUUGUGAGGCGUGUUUGCGAGGUGUGUUUCUGCACCUGCCGAGUGACGACUGUGGGCGUGUUCGGACCUCAGAGUGGCGCUACAAGAGCAGCACAACUGAGUGCAGGAGCACUCUGGACUUCCUCAUCAAGCUCAACAUGGACUUGUGCCGCUGCGCCUUCUUGCUCUUGGUUCUGCUGGUUCCGGGUGGCAGCGGGCAGCUGAAUGAAUGUGGCGUUUCGGUGGUAAACUCACGCAUUGUGGGCGGGCAGGACGCCACCCCGGGGGCGGCGCCCUGGCAAGUAAGUAUACACAGAAACAACUUCCACACCUGUGGAGGGUCUCUGAUCAACAACCUAUGGGUGCUGAGUGCCGCCCACUGCUUCCCCAGCCCCAUGAUCACCAGCAACCUCCUGAUCUAUCUGGGCCGCCAGUCCCAGCUAGGCAACAACAACGACAACGAGGUGGAGCGUCAGGUGGCCGAGGUCAUCCCCCACGAAGACUACAGUCCCGUAAACAACGACAAUGACGUGGCCUUAGUGCGCCUCACAGAACCCGUCGACUUCACUGACUUCAUCAGACCCAUCUGCCUUGCCGCCCAGGACAGCGACAUCCCCGUCGGAACUGACUUCAUUGUCACUGGAUGGGGAACCAUCGCCUCCGGUGUCCCGCUUCCUUUCCCUCAGACUCUGCAGGAAGUGUCGGUCCCGGUGGUGUCCAACGCCGACUGCAACGAAGCGUACGGCAUCAUCACCAGCAACAUGAUCUGUGCCGGACUCAUGGAGGGCGGGAGAGACUCGUGUCAGGGCGACUCGGGUGGGCCGAUGGUGAGCCAGAGUGACACGGACUCCAACGAAACUAGGCAUGUCCAAGCCGGCAUCGUGAGUUUUGGAGAAGGAUGCGCUCUGGCCGAGAGGCCGGGGGUCUACGCCCGAGUGUCUCAGUACCAGACGUGGAUCAGCGAUCGUGUGACCGGCCCACAGCCGGGUUUCAUCACCUUCCGGGCCAGCACCACCACAUCCCCACCCACAUCUGGCGUGUUCCUCCUGGCUCCUCUGAUGCUGUUUCUUCUGCCGCCCGUCCUCACCGUCCUCGUGCUGUCGUGAUGAUGGGGGGGGGGCUGCUAGCGUCCACCAUGACGUAUUCCAACCAGUCCCAGCAAGGUUGCGCUGUUACUUACAGUAGUAGGAAGCUGCUACCACAAACCUCCAAUCCACUAAUUCCACACCUAAUGUUUCCAUCUUCCAUCCAAUCGUGAUCAGUCCAGUGUUGGUGAAUCAUCCUUUAAAGCUGAGUUUACUUUUUGAGCUUGUUGGCUUUUUCUUGCUUUUCUGUGCCAAACGUUUGCACUGACGUUGUACUUAGGAGACCACAAAGACAAAGUUUCCUUUCUUUUUGCACGUUUGUCCAACACGUUACCUGUGAAGUCAGCACUUUGAAUUGAAGCAUGUGAUGUUUGCACUGAUGUAUGCUCAUUCAAUGUCUUUCAAAAGAACUUUUGUAUGACUGGAGAUUUCUCAUGAAAUAAAAGUCUUUAAUCAGGAA